CGCCUACGCUGCAGGCGGAGAGCAACCGCCGAGCUCGGUGGGAGUCAAGAUAGAUACUGAGCCAAGAGAGGUCAGAUGAUUUCCCCAUAGCAACCAGGAAAUGCUGGGUCUAGAACCAAGUUCUCAAGUUUCCCAGGUUUUCACAUCCUUUUUAUGAGUUUCGCCAUCUAUAGCUUUUAUCAACAAUUGUGGUUUAAUCAAUUAGAAAUAUUAACCAGGAGAAAAUGUCAAAUCUAAAAAUGAAAGAGGCGGCCCUCAUCUAUCUUGACAGAAGUGGAGGCCUCCAAAAGUUUAUAGAUGAUUGCAAGUACUACAAUGAUUCAAAACAAAGCUAUGCUGUCUAUCGAUUCAAAAUUUUAAUAAAUCCCUCUGAUGUUGUUGAAUUAGAUGCUGAGCUUGGAAAUCACAUUUUACACCAACCUUUAAAAGCUGCUGAAGUCUUUCAAUCAGUCUGUUUUAUUGCUGUUAAGAUUCUCUCAUUAAUUGGACAAUUGCAGACUGAAACGCAAAUUAAUAUAGUGCUGAAAUUAACACAUUUACCUCCCCUGCCAAGUUAUGGUCUUGAUCUUUGUGAGUUUCCACUUGAUUAUACAUCUCAGAGAUUUUAUAUGAUGCAAGGAAUUGUGAUUGCUAUGACAACUGUAACCAAGUAUACACAAGGGGCAAGAUUUCUUUGUUCAGAUGAAGCAUGCCCUCUUUCAAAAGGAUUUCAGUAUAUAAGAGUGCAUGUGCCUGGUGCUACAGAAUCUGCAACGAUAAGAAAUGACUUUUUGUGUAAUCUAUGUGCAUCUUCACUUCAAGAAGACAGAAAAUUUAGAGUACUUGGUGAUAAACAAAUAGUUGAAAUAAUUGCCACAAAGGCACUUCGUGCUUUUCAAGGAUAUUCUAACAACCAGCCAUUUAGGUUUCAAUCACUUACAAUUUUCCUAAGAGAUGAAUCAGUGAAUAAAAUGAAUAUAGGAAAUGAAUAUAAAAUUAUUGGAAUUCCAACCUGUGUAAAAACCUCACAAACUGCUGUCUGUAUAGAAGCAAAUAGCAUAACUUUUUGUAAUUCAAAAGUUCCUUCAGGAAUUAGUGACAACUUCAGGUGUCUCCUCUCCUUAACUUCCAGCUCAUGCUGGAAGUUUACAGCAAUACUUGCCAAUAUCUUUGCAUCACAAAUUACCCCUCCUGGGACUUACAAUUUGCUCAAGCUCUGUUUGUUGAUGAGUCUAGUACAGACAACUGACCGUAACAAGGAACUGGAAGAUUGCCUGGAUAUUUUAAUUAUAACAAGUGAUACUCUACUCAUAGACAGGCUUCUGAAUUUUAGCAUAAACCUUGUCCCCCGUGGUAUACGUCAUCUAGUCUCUACUGAAAUUUUUCCCACUCUAUCCAGGAAUAAGUAUGGAACUGGAGCAGUUAGCAUUCAGGCUGGCAGUGCUUUGCUAGCUAAAGGUGGUAUCUGCUUUAUAGGAGACUUGGCUUCACACAAAAAAGAUAAACUUGAACAGCUUCAAACAGUUCUGGAGAGCAGAAGCAUCACAGUGUACAUCCCAGGAAAGAAGUUUGGGGAGGAUAUUGAUCAACAGAUGACUUUUCCAGUUCAGUGCAGUUUUUGGUCUUUUGUUGAUAUGGAUUCAUCUUCAAGGAGAAAUGCACAGAAAAUCAACACUCUAAUUGGUCAGAUGGAUUGCAGUUUGAUUCCAGCUAACCUUGUGGAGGCAUUUGGUUUAUUGAUUAACUGCAACGAGUCAUCUCCCUGCCACCCAUUUCUUCCUACUGUGCAACACACUUUGAACAAAGCCAUUAAUCCUGAAGGGCUGUUUUAUGCAGCUUCUAGACAGUUCACAACUGAAGAUUUUGAAAAGCUAUUGGCUUUUGCAAAGAAUUUGAAUGUAGAAUUCAGCUUGGAAGCAGAAAGAAUGACCCAUGGCUAUUAUCUAGCAAGUCGCAGAAUCAGAACAGGCUCUGUAUGUGGAUCAAAGCUGUCAGCAUCUGCAUUAAAAUAUCUCGUUUUCCUAUCUGAAGCCCAUGCACGACUGAACUUAAGGAACAAAGUGCUUAAAGAAGAUGUGCUGAUUGCAGCCUUACUAUUUGAAACAUCCCUCACAUUGAAAUACGACAGAGUCUUGCUAGGAGGGGAGGUUGCAGUGAGCCAAGAUCAUGCCACUGCACUCCAACCUGGGUGACAGAGGGAGACCCCGUCUCAAAACAAACAAACAAACAAAAAAACUUCUUGAAAUUUAAAGUGCUACCCCAGUGAGCACACCAAUGAUAAGAAAGCAAAACAGCCUUAUUGCUGAUAUGGAGAAAGCUUCAGUGGUGUGGAUAGAUCAAACCAACCACAACAUUCCCUUAAGCCAAAUCCUAAUCCAGAGCAAGGCCUUAACUCUCUUCAAUUUUAUGAAGCCUCAGAGAGGUAAGGCAGCUGCAGAAGAAAAGUCAAAAGCUACCGGAGGUUGGUUCAUGAGGCUCAGGGAAAGCUACCAUCUCUGUAACAUAAAAGUACAACAUGAAGCAGCAAGUGUUGAUGGAGAAGCUGCAGCAAGUUACCCAGAAAAUCUAGCUAAGAUCAUUGAUGAAGGUGGCUACACUAAACAACAGAUUUUCCAUAUAGACAAAACAGCCUUCUAUUGGAAGAAGAUGCCAUCUAGGACCUUCAUAGCUAGAAAGGAGACUUCAAUGCCUGGCUUCAGUGGUUCAAAGGACAGGCUGACUCCCUUGUUAGGAGCUAAUGCAGCUGCUGACUUUAAGUCAAAGCCAAUGUCCAUAUACCAGUCUGAAAAUUUUAGAGCCCUUAAGAAUUAUGCUAAUUAUGCUCUGCUUGUACUCUAGAAAGGGAACAACAAGGCCAGGAUGACAGCACUUCUGUUUACUACAUGGUUUAUUGAAUAUUUGAAGCCCACUGUGAAGAUCUACUGCUCAGAAAACAAGGAUUCCCAGGGCUGGGUGUGGUGGCUCAUGCCUGUAGUCUCAGCACUUUGGGAGGCCGAGGCGGGUGGAUCACAAGGUCAGGAGUUCAAGACCAGCCUGGCCAAGAUGAUGAAACCCUGUCUCUACUAAAAAUACAAAAAUUAGCUGGGUGUGGUGGCAGGUGCCUGUAAUCCCAGCUACUCAGGAGGCUGAGGCAGAGAACUGCUUGAACCUGGGAGGCGGGGGUUGCAGUGAGCCGAGAUUGUGCCAUUGCACUCCAGCCUGGGUGACUGGGCGAGACUCUGUCUCAAGAGAAAAAAAAAAAAGGAUUCCCUUCAAAAGAUUACUGCUCAUUGACAAUGCACCUGGCCUCCCAAGAGCUCUAACGAAGAUGUACAAGGACAUGCAUGUUGUUAUUAUGCCUGCUAACAUGCAUUCUGCAGCCCCUGGAUCAAGAAGUAAUUUCAACAUUCAAGACUUGUUAUUUUAGAAAUACAUUUCUUAAGUCCAUCACUGUCAUGAUUCCUCUGAUGGAGCUGGGCAAAGUCAUUGAAAACCUUCUGGAAAAGAUUUGCCAUUCUAGAUGUGAUUAAGAACAUUCAUGAUUUAUGGGAGGAGGUUAAAAUACCUACAUUAACAGGAGUUUGGAAGAAGUUGAUUCCAGCCCUCCUGGAUGACUUUGAGGGGUUCAAGACUUCAGUGGAGGAAGUAACUGCAAAUGUGGUGGCAACAGCAAGAGAACUAGAAUUAGAAGUGGAGCCUGAAGAUGUGACUUAAUUGCUAUAGACUGAUGAUCAAACAUGAACGGAUGAGAAGUUGCUUCUUAUGGAUGUAAAGAAAGUGGUUUCUUGAGAUGGAAUCUAUUCCUGGGGAAGAUUCUGUGAACAAUGUUGAAAUGACAACAAAGGAUUUAGAAUAGUCCAUAAACUUAGUUGAUAAAGCAGUGGCAGUGUUUGAGAGGGUUGCCUGCAAUUUUGAAAGAAGUUCCACUGUGGGUAAAUAUGCUAUCAAACAACAUCACCCUAAAACCCAUCAAUGAUAGACUGGAUAACAAAAAUGUGGCACAUAUACACCAUGGAAUAUUAUGCAGCCAUAAAAAAGAAUGAGUUCAUGUACUUUGCAGGGACAUGGAUGAAGCUGGAAAUCAUCAUUCUCACCAAACUAACACAAGAACAGAAAACCAAACACCACAUGUUCUCACUUAUAAGUGGGAGUUGAACAAUGAGAACACAUGGACACAGGGAGGGGAACAUCACACACCGGGGCCUGUUGGUGGGGAGAGCUAGCGGAGGGAUAGCAUUAAGAGAAAUACCUAAUGUAGGUGACGGGUUGAUGGGUGCAGCAAACCACCAUGGCACGUGUAUACCUAUGUUACAAACCUGCACGUUCUGCACAUGUACCCCAGAACUUAAAGUGUAAUAAAAAACAUAAAUAAAAUAAAAAUGACCAAAAAAAAAAAACCAACAUCACAUGCUACAAAGAAAUCUUUCAUGAAAGGAAGAGUCAAUUGAUGUAGCAAACUUCA